AUGCUAAGAGGAAGUGGGAUAUGUACGGAAGUGCUGAAGAUGGGCAAGCAUACAAAAGUGCAGAGAAGGAGGCAAAACGAGCCGUGGCUAAAGCUAAAGCUGAAUCAGCAAGGGGGGGCUUACGAACAACUACAGAAAAAUCAGAAUACGAGACAACUCAUAUGGAUAGGCAAAUCAAGAGAUAAAGCUUCUAAGGAUCUAACAGCAAUAAAACAAAUGAAAGAUGAAACAAGAAUAAUUCUGCAUGACCAUGGAAAAAUAAUCCAAAGGUGGUUCAAUUAUUUCGAGAAAUUGCUGAAUGAAGAAAAUGUAAGAGUGAAAACUGAAGAAGGAGGGGCAAACGAAGGAUUAACGAUGGAUAUAAGUAGAGAUGAAGUCGAACGGGCAGUUGAAAAGAUGAAAAAUGUGAAGACAGUUGGCACAGACCAGAUCCCCGUUGAGGUAUGGAAGUGUCUCGGUAAAAAGGGAAUUGAGCUCCUUUGGGCUUUAAUGAAGAAGAUUUGGCGACAGGAGGAGAUGCCAGGCGAGUGA